CCCCUCAGACACCGCAAUGACAUCGGUUAUAGCGAACAUACUUGUAAUAUUGACAUUGCAUAGCUUUUCAUCAAGAAACUUCAUUGACGCAGAGGCACCAGCACGUAUUGAGAAUUACUUUCGUAUUACCAAGAAUGUGCUGGAGUAUUACAGCAGUUCCUGUAUAAUCAUUUUACAUAAUGGCUUCGAGGAAAAAUCUUCAGUCAGCCUUGCUCACAGUCUCUCCCGUUUGUUCUCCGAAUCUAUGUUUCUUACGUCUACGAUGAGUCUAUUAGAAGAAAACAAUAACAAAAUACAAAAACAAUGGAAAGCUUGCAAUACCCGUCCUGUUCAACUGGUUCUGCUGGGAAGCAGCGAAUCUGUUACGAAUUUCGCAAGACACGUCCGUAUCAGCAACAUCGACUAUCCUGUCUGGCUUAUCCUGGCUACCGAAGAAGCCCGCAUCCUCGUUAAUGGACUCAGAAAGAAUCCUGACAGCAAUAUUCUGGGACUAACCGAAGUGACGGAGAUGCUUCACCUUUCCUUUAGCGAAAGGAUGGUCUACGAGUGGCAUCUUCAGGGCAACAAGACCAGAGCCGACGAGUUAGCAUCUUGGAAGUCCGACGAAAAUCUAGUCUUCCAAGUGAAACAAGAUAUCCGUUUAAGACGCAACAGUUUGUAUGGAAAGACACUGAAAGUCGGAGGGCACCAAUCGCAAUACGGUACAAUGCAACUUGGCACCAUCGACGACUUUUCCGCCGAAAUAAUGUACGAAUUGAGCAAGGCUGUCAAAUUCAACAUACAAUACGUGAUGGAGAAUGCAGAAGCUUACGGCAGCUGGGAUUACAGAACGAAAAGAUGGUCAGGCGUAAUGCAUAUGUUGACGACCAAGCAAAUAGACGUGGCAGGAAUCGUGCUCCGUAUGACAACCGAGCGCGCUCGUGACGUUGACUUCGCAAUACCGAUCUUGUCGUCCGUCGAUAGGCUUUACAUUAAACGACCGGAGGAGCCCUUACGCUGGACAGAAAGUUUUCAGGCGCUCAGUCCAGGCAUAUGGGCUACUAUAGGCAUGUUGGUUUUGACAACACCGAUCCUCUUGACAAUAAUAUCAUUGGUCAAGAAAGAGGAGGUCGCGGGACACCUGAUAAUACAGGAUUACCUUCAAGUUUUGGGAAUUUAUUGUCAGCAAGGAUUGACUCAUUUUCCAAAGGAUUUUUCAUCUAAAUUGGCCUACUUCUCUAUCUUCGUAUCAUCCUUAAUCACUUACUCUGCCUACUCUGGUACACUUGUGAGUAAUUUGGCAGUAUCGAAUGACGAAUUGCCGUUUAGCAGUCUCGAGGAAUUCGCAGCACAAAGUACUUACAGAUUCAUAUUUCAGUACGAGGGCGCUAUUCGCGACAUGUUUGUAUCCUCUACUGAUCCUGUACUCAGAAAACUGUAUUUGAUGUCGGACAAGCGCGAGAAUCUGCCGAGAAAUCUUGAAGAGGCUUUUACGCAGGUUUGUAAUGGUAAUGCGGGAUUCUACGUGGAAAGCAUAUCGCUGAUAAAAAUGAAGUUAUCCUGUAAAAUAGCGAGUUUGAAUACUGGUCGUCCAAGCAGCAUAGGAAUAGCACUGCCAAAGCACAGUCCUUACAAAGAAUUAAUAAAUCGCAACUUGCAGAAAUUUCGCGAAAACGGGAUAAUCCAUCGAUUGAUUACAAAAUACUUCGUGAAUGACGAUUCCAAUGAAAGCGUGAGGACUGAGACAGGAUUUUGGAGCAUAGCCCUGGCCUUGGUACUUUUCGGCAGUGGCAUGAUUCUGAGCUGCGUCAUCCUGCUGACCGAGGUAAUAAUAUUUCACUGGAGGACCUGCGGGUGCUGUUCGAGGCUGUCGACGGAGAAAAGUGACGAUAAUCAUUUUACAAGAAGUUCCUUCAAUCAGAGCAGAAAAUCAACGAGCGGCCUGCGAAUAACGAGGAGGGAAUUCUUUACUUAACCAAUUUAUUCGAAUUGCACCUUGUUCAUCAAUGUUAUUGCAACUUCAGUUUUUUCAUUAUCAAUUUUAACCGGAACACAAAGUCUUGCGAUUUAUUAUAAUUGCUGCUAGAAUCAAUGAAUAUACCAUAAAUAUAGAUAUACAUAUAAAAAUACAGAAAGCAAUUUGUGCUUCAAUGCGAUGAAUAAUUGAGCGGCUAUACCAAUCUAAAGGGUUUAUUUUAUUUAUAAGGUUAAUCGUUGGCACCUCUUGUGGGCCUGUAUGCCUGUAGCCAUGUAUUCAGUACUCCGCAUUUGACUCGUAUCAAAAAAACAAAUGGAUUUCGGUAAAUAACAUUUAACUGGCCUAUCAUUUAUCACGUGCCAGAGUCAUGAAAUGUUCAUCAUAUAAAAAGAGUGCCACGUGCGCGUGACUUUAACGCGAAGUUGGAUUAUUUAUUUAUAAAGGUCCGUGAGAAUAAAUGAACGCAGAGAUAAAUGUUUAACGUUUAAGGCCAAAAUGUCGCGAUUUAUUGACGGAAACGUCGGCCUUUUGAAUUUUUUAAAAAGCACCACGCUCUACGCCAGCAACCCUCACAGUUUUCUCUCAAUCUAUAUUCCUAAUCUAAGGGGGCUAAGAUUCUCUUUAGAUUUCGUCCUUUACUGUUUAUACAUUUUUCAAGAGACGAAAUACAUGCUUUUUUGCUAUUAGCCGACACGUGUUUAGCAGUUGAAACAUAUUCGUUCUUUUACCUUGCAGAUUACAAAUAGUUAUUAAAGCGAUACAAUAAUAAUAGUGGAUUGUCAUAUUAGCUUUUUUUCCUUUUUUUCUAUACGGUAGAUUAUUGUCAAUAUAAUUUGGUAGCAGCAUAUAAUUAAGAGGAACCUGAGUGGUCGAUGAUUUCCUUGUAAUACUUAAUGACUCGAUUGACCCACACGUUCUUCAGGAGAAUUCGUAGACCCGAGGCACGUAUUAGGCAGCGCACAGUGCCUACGCGCGCCAACGACCUACGCUAUCACCUCUUUCGGCCCACGUUGUGAUAAAAGAACAAUUUUGUUAUUUUCAAUUUUGUAGAUCGAGCUCUGAUAGAGAAGAGAAAUGUUCUUCUUAUUAUUAUUACAAGUUGAU